AACAACUUGAAAUUGUCACUUGAUUAAUUUAUUAAAAAUGGCGGAAGGGGGUGGUGUGAAUAUUAAUACUUGCGUUCUUCACGACGAAGAAUUUGAUUUUCCUUGUACAAUGUGUUUAAAGAAAAACAGAAACAAAGAAGCAAAAUAUUUCUGUGUUGAUUGUAAUGACAAUUACUGCGAUAUAUGUAUCAAAGUUCAUGACGAAGUGCCUGCACUUUCUAGACAUAGAAAAGAACAAAUUACGCUGUCAUCACCACCAACAAAAACAGACUCGGGUAUGAGUUAUGUUUCAACAGAAAAGUGUGAUUUACACCGUCAAAAUUUUAUUGAUAUGUACUGCCGCGACCAUGAUUAUGUUGGAUGUGGAACCUGUAUAGCUGUUGAUCAUAAACAAUGUGAGAACACAUUUUAUAUACCAGAAUAUUUGAAGACAAAGAAAAGGAUUUCGACAAACGAUGUAAAAAAGAAAACAGCUGAAUGUAUAUCACAUCUAAAAGAUUAUCUAAAAGAUCUGGAACAGAAGAAGCAAAAACUUCUGAAUAACAAAGCUUCAACACUUCACUCUAUAAGUCAGUUUAGAAAAGAAAUAAAUGAUAGGCUGGAUGAACUGGAAAAGAAAACAGUAGCUGACGCAGUUACAAGAUUCAAUGGUACCAUAGCCAAGUUAGAUAACAAAAUGAAAAAAUGUGAAGCAAUGAAAACUAAAUUAGUGUCAAUAAAAGACAAUAUCAAGACGAAUGAAGAGAAUAAGGUCCAUAAGUUUGUAAGUGUCACAAAAGCUAACGAUAUGACUAGGCAAGCCAGAAGAGAUAUGUAUGGGUCUACAGUUUUAACUAAUGACCUUUGUCUGAAUUUGGACCAUAAUCUACUAUCAAUGCUGACGAAAAUAGAUUCUCUUGGAACAUUUGGCCAGAAGGAGCAAACGGCUAUGCUUAGAGUUGGCAAAAGCGGUAUAUUUUGUAUCAAGUUAGACAGCGAUGAAGAAGAUUGCAGCAUAACAAGUGCAUGUGUACUUCAUAAUGGGACAGUUGUGUUGUCUGACGCUGGAAAUAAAAAACUGAAACGUUUAGAAUGUUGUACCUUUACUAUUGUAGACUACUGUGAACUACAAGAAGAACCAAUGCAAGUAUGUGCAACUACUAUGGAUGAGCUAGCAGUGACUUUACCGUUUCAGAGGGAAGUGCAGUUUGCUACUUGUGACGAAUUGACUCUGACACGGGCAAUAAAAACUGACUUUGAAUGUUGUGGUCUGGCUUUUGCUAAAGGUAACUUGUACAUAUCUGAUAGAAGUGUAUUUGUGUAUGUAUAUAGUUUAUCUGGACGAAAGCUGCAACAGUUCAACAUAGAUCAACCAGGAGACCAAUUAUACCGGUAUAUAAACAGUAUGUCUAUCAGUCAUGAUGGAUCUAGAAUAUAUAUCGCGGACGGGUAUAACGAACUAAUAAUACUCGAGGGAAAAGGGACCGCUGUUGGAAAUUUUAAAGACCAAGUUUUAUCCGAGCCAUCGGGGAGCUGUGUAACGGAGGAAGACAGUCUGCUUGUUUGCGGAUGUUCCUCUAACAAUGUCCUACAAUUCAGGAGAGAUGGUGAACUUCUUGGAGAAGUGUUGAAAGCAGACGAUAGUCGAACUGGCAUGCAAGCAAUUUGUUGUACCCAACAUACAGACCAGAUGCUGAUUGGAAGUAAUUCGAACAAUAUAAAGGUUUUCGAUUUGGAAAUAUUAUCAUAUACCUAAUCUUAUUAAGGAUAUAUGUAACUAUUUUGAGCUAAUUCAUAAUAAUUGCAAGACCGAAUGUGUAAUGUAACAUAACAUUUAUAACAGUAAACUAGUGUACAUUUGAUGAAACAAUUUUUAAACAAGAAUGUAAAAGCUGUAAAGAACAUUUAUGUUGUACAGUACGAAUAUGAAUGAAGGUGUUUAUAAACGCGGUUGAGUAUAAACAUUACGGGAAUCAGUAUGACCGACAGAUAGGUAUAUCAAUCUCUGCUUAAAUCGUUUAAUUGUUUGAGAGCAAGUUUAUACGUGUCACAAAUCUUACAAAGGUCGUGUUUGAUUCCUCAUUGUAUAACAACAAUGUAACAACAUAUUGAAAACGUAUUAAUAAGUUGUUUUCUAGAGACGUUAUAACUACCGUAUUGAGGUGUUGGACACUUUUGUGAUAUAACAUGGCAGCAAAAGCUUAUUAAUUUAGUUUUACACAUCACAUCUGGUGUUAUAUUAGUCAAAUAUACUUUAUUUUUUAAACACAAAUAUGAAAUACAAAUAUGAAAGUGGGCGGAGUCCAGUUUACUUUUAUGACAGAU